AUGCCUCCUAAGGGCAGCAAGAAGACUCUGGCUGACGUCCCGGCUGAUCUCCCUGAGGGCUCCGACUCUCUCCCUCCUGUGGAUCCUGCAUCAGGGAAGCAAAAUGGGAAGCAAGUCGUUUCUUCACCUGUCAAGAAUCUGAGCCCUGCUGGCAGCUCGGGCCUUUCUGUUGCUGAUAAGGCAGGACCGUCAAAGCAGCAAGAUGAUGAUUUUCUGGACGACGAAUCUGACGAUGAGCUGGAUCUGGAUUUCUCGUGCGACCUGCUAACAAGGAUUCGUUACACGGCCAUUCUGCUGGUGCCGUUUUUCCUGCAAGGCGAGCUGGGUGCGGUCAUCACGCCGGUUCGAAUGCUGCUGAAGAGAGUUUGGGCUCCCUCUCUGUCGCCUGGUGCUGUUGACGGAGCCAAGGUGCAGACGCUCCAGCCUGCUUUCGUCGCGAGGACCAAAUACUGCCGCCUGCAGCUGUCUCUCCUGCAAGAGGAAGACAUUGAGAAAGUUUGCCAGAAGACGGUGGAAUAUCAGCGAUCUGGCAACAGCAAGAAGAUCACGCUUUUCUGGCAGUUUACGGAAGAUGCGGAGUUUCUGAAAGAGAAGUCGGCUAACCCGCAUGCUAUUGAGUUGGAGGUGAUCAGCACUGCCACACGCAUCACCAUGGACAAGGCCGUUCUUGCACCCCUGAAGAAAGAGUACGGGUUCUGA